AGCAAAAGCUUUUAUGUUAUAUUCUGAUUGACGAGAACAUUGGAACAGCUUCUUUUCGUGAUUUGGUUUGACUGAAAACUAUUUUCGGUUUUCAGAAGACUGGAGAAACAAGGAAGCAUGUCAGUUUCGGUUGGAAGAUUUUCUGAAACAAAAGGGCACCUAACUAUUUCCUAGUCUAGUUUUUUUGUGCGUCGGACUAAAUUUUCCUCUCAUGUCCAGCUAGUUCAUUUAUGCCAGUCCAUUAUUCCACAUCGAAACAUUGUGUCCAGUGCCCCACAAUAUCCACUUGACUAUCAGUUGGUUUCUUGUUCUGCGAAUAUGCCAUGCAGGGCAUGCUUUCCCAUAACCUACCCACGACACUGACCCUGUUUCAUCCAUAUUGCUAGAACAGAACCAUCCGUGACCAUAUAGAACGCUAACGAUAGUGGGAGGGGUUGGCGAGAGUGAAGCAGGGUAUGAGAUGCAUUUGAUGUUGGACCGUGAAUGGCGUGUACAAGGUACUCCAUUCCCUUGUUCCUCAGCUUCGUCCUAACGCUGGCAAGUGCACUAACAGCGAAUUGGACAGUCAAGUAUAUCAAAACCUUAGAAGAGAGUUGCAAUGCUGGAAAAGACAAAGCACCAAAGGCUUCAAAUCUCAAUCCAAAAUCUGUUUCGGAAAACCUAGCCAUUGUCUCAAGGGAGGCAUUCAUGACCAGGCGUUGGCUUCCGAUUAUUCUGGCCAACUCGGACUUGUUUCCAUCUGCACCUUAUCCAGUGACUUCCAACACGGACCUCUCCGAAUAUCGUUCUGAAUGCGGAACAUUUUCUGCCAUAUGCUCUGUGAAGCUCAUUGAGGUCACAGCCGGUGGCCAAAGUUCUUCUGAUCAGAACUGAAGCAUGUUCCCUAUUCAAGUUUGCUCGAGUAACCUCAUUCAUUUGCUCUUUUCAUCUUCUUUUUCUCCAUAUCUCUCUAUCUCUCAGGAUAAACUGACCCGUUUGGUCUGUGCACAACUUUGAAUGGUGAAGCAUAAGCAGGCAACUGAAUCUGCCAAUGGAGUUGCAGAUGCAUCGUGGUUCGAACAGAUAUACAAGCAAUCUAGUUGAGGAGAUCAUGCAAAUGCAUCUUUGCACACAAGAUGAUUCAAACUUGGCCAGAGCGAAGAAACCGGCGAUUCAGCUGGGGUUUGCUUGAAGGCCAGUUUCGUGUCUCUCUAUUCAAUAUUGAAUGAUGGUUCCGAUUGUGUUUGCCGAUGCAGUCCUGUUCAUUCUCUGGAACAUCUUUAUCCCCCACUUAAAUUCAUAUAAAAGCUCGUUCAUUUCAUCU